AUGCACGUAUACCCCUUCCCCCAAACGGAUGAAUGGGAGAACCAGUGGUUCUUCUUCGACGUUCAGCUCCAUCCGUAUCAGCUGCAUUUCCGCCGCAGAGUCGAGGACGGAGACGAGUCAGCUGUUGGGAUGUGGGAAGACUCGUACGCAGAGUUAGCUCAGGUCCGUGGGCAGAUGUGUGUUCAACAUCUCGCCCCCCCUAGGGGCUGGGUGUCUCCUCACCAAGAGAAUUUGAAAGGAACUAACCGGCCCCCAUGGGAAAGGCAGCAUCGUCGGCGUGCUGAACCCUACGCUGCUGGAUGA